AUGGCACCAAAGAUUCAAAAAGUGGCAGUUGCCGGCGCGACCGGAAAUGUUGGCAGUCAUGUUUUAAAAGCACUGAUCCAGGAUGGGUUUCAGGUCACUGUCCUUACUCGGAAGCAAGGGUCUUUCCCAGACGGUGUCACCGUCAAAGUCAUUGACUACAACUCAUAUGACGCCCUCAAAGAAGCUUUCCAGGGCCACGAGGCCUUUGUGGACUGUACUCUUGUCCAGGACGACACCCCAGCUCGAAUGAUUGAUGCCGCCGCCGCCGCUGGAGUAUACCGCUACAUUCCUUCAGACUUUAGCCUGGAUUUUAACAAUCCCAAGCCUCACACGUUGCCCAUAUGGUUCAAAAAGGAUGCGAAUGAUAAGCAUCUCCUUAGCAAAUGCCAAAGCACCCAGAUGACUUGGAGCAUUAUCUGCAAUGGGGCAUUCUUAGACUAUACCUUACGGACCGGCUUUCUUAACAUCGAUAUAUACAACAAGAAAGUGAAUUACAUGAAUGACGGAAGCAACGUUAUUGCAUGGACGACCCUUGAGUCCGUCGGCAAGGCAGUUUCUGGUACCCUCUCUCAUCCUGCCGAAACAGAGAACCGACCAGUUUACGUCCACUCUGUCUACAAGAGUCAGAAGCAGAUGGCCGAUUUGUGUAAGGACGCUCUGGGUUCUGAUGGAUGGGAAGAGACGGAGUCGAAUAUGGAGGAGAGGUUUGCGGCAGCUAUGAAAGAGAUCCAGGCUGGAAACUUCAAUUUCGGCGUGCUUGCUGAUAUGAUUCGAUAUGCGAACUCAAGACCGGACUUUUCAUCACCCUGGUCACAGGACGAUAAUGCCCUCUUGGGAGUCAAAACGCUAUCGGAUAACGACCUAAAGGAGCUGAUCAAACAACUCGCAGCGAAUAAGGCAUGA